AUCGGUAACGUUAUGUUGAACUAAUCGAGGUUAAAUCCUGUCUCCCCGCAUAUAUGCCGGCCAGUGAAGUGUGUGCUUCAAGUCAACACGUUCUGUUUUCUAUAACCUGGGCCAGGGGGCGGUAGAAGGUAGUCAAGUGGAACGGCUAACAUAUUACCCUGGCCAGGUGAAUGGUUUUCUACUGCAUACAAACAUUGAUAGAAAUACUGCCUUAAUAAGCAAAGAGUUUGUCCCGUUUAUCGAUGAUUGAAGAAAUGGACAUGGGUGUAGUUGGUCACCUGUGCGCUUGUGUUGAGAUGCAAUCACACCUGGUGUAAACGGGCACGCCCAGGCAAACUGUCAACAAACCACGGUUCGUCAAUGCAGGUCGACUGAGGUCAUGACCAGCCGUAGUUCCUGACUGGGAGUGACUGGGAAUACUCUGCCGUUCGGAUCUGUCGGUGAACCUUAAGACUGACUGAUUGGUUUUGGUGACAGGGAAGAUCAAAGUGAACGUCUGUUGUAACUACAGAAGACAAAAUGGCGUCCCGACCUGGAGCAGAGAUGCCUUCUGUCGCACCUAAAUACACCGUCCCCCCAGCUCAAGUGGUUGUCAUGGCAACGGACAACACAGAAACCACGCCCUGCUGUUGUUGCUGUGACGACGGCUGUGAAGAGGAGAACGAGGAGCGCGGGAACUGGUCCUGUAACUUUGAGUCCAUCCUGGCGAGCAUCAGCUACGCUAUCGGGCCGGGGUAUCUGUGGGUGAUGCCCUACGUGAUUUCCGGAAAUGGAGGGGGUGCAUUCCUGGCCACGUACCUGGUCUUGCAGAUGUUCAUCAGCUUCCCCAUUGUCUACCUGGAGAUGGCGCUGGGACAGUACACGUCACAGGGACCUAUCCGUGCAUGGAGAGGGGUGCCCUUACUGCAGGGCAUCGGUGUUGGAAUGGUUGUGAUGUCGGCCAUCUUGUGUAUCUACUACAACAGCCUGGUGGCGCAGAUACUGUACUAUCUGUUCUACGUCACUGGGGAUUUAGACAGAGCAACAUCAUGUACCAACAUGUGGAACACUGCUGGAUGCAUCAACUCGAGUUCCUCUGCAGCAAGCGAGUACUUGAAUAAUUAUGUCCUCCAGCUGAGUAACGGCAUCGACAACAUGGGAGCUGUGCGAGGCCCCCUGGCGGGAUUUCUCAUCCUUGCAUGGCUACUGGUAGCAGUCGCUCUCAGCUUUGGAGCCAAGUCUCUGGGGAAGGUUGCGUACGUGACAACUCUCGUUCCCAUCGUCCUGAUUGUCGUCAUGCUCGUCCGUGCCGUGAGUUUGCCGGGAGCUUCUGACGGGCUUUUUUACUUGUUGGCGGUUGGUGUAGGGAAUACUGAACGCCUCUACCCAACGAUGAUAAGUAACAUUGUUUUCCGACUGACCCUGGGUUAUGGUGGCUACACGACACUGGCUUCUUACAACCGGUUCCACAACAACGUUCUCAGGGAUGCCAUAUUGGUGGUUUUCAUUGACUUCCUGGUGAUGCUGUUCUGUGCACUAACGACCUUUGCGUUCGUCGGAUACCUGGCGUAUGUGCGUAACCUGCCGAUUGGUGACGUGGCAGCUGCAGGAACUACCUUCGCGUUUGUCUCCAUGGUGGACGUGUUCUCCAGUCUCCCAUCAGGGGCAGGCUGGGCCGGCCUGUUCUUCUUCACACUCUUCCUGAUGGCUUUAGGUUCUCAGAUUGUUCUGGUUGAGACUGUCAUCACUUCACUGAUGGACCUGAUCCCGAAGGGACUGAUGAAGAACUUGCCAGGCCGGGAGUCCGGGCUGCUGAGUAAGAGGACGAUGCUGCACGGUGUGAUGACUGUGGCUGUCUGUUUCCUGUUCUUCAUGCUGGGACUGCCGUAUGUCACACAGGGUGGUAAUUACCUGUUGACCGUAGUGGACUCUUACAAUAGCAUCAUCCAGCCUUUCAUCUUCAUCCUCCUGGAGUGUGUGGCGCUCUCCCUUCUCUACUGUACCAGCUGUAGCCGCUGCUGCCCUGCACUGAACCGCUGGAUGUCGGACCUGAGCCACAUGCUGCAGCACGUCUGCUGUUUCUGCUGUGCCACCAUCGUGAACGGGAUGACAGCAGUAGCCUGGGUGUACUACAUCCCCAUCGUCAUGCUGGUGCAUCUGAUGUACGUUGGCAUUGCUGGUUUGUGGCCACAUCAACUGUGGUAUGGAUCAUAUGUAUUCCCCAGUGGGUCUCACGUGCUCGGAAACUUCAUCGCGAGCGUCAGUCUGGUCAUGAUUCCCCUGGUGACCGUCAUCAACGUCAUCAUUGCAUUCGUAAGAGGCCAGCCUAGGACCAUCCUCAGCCCCACUGACUGGGGUCCUUACCUCAACAAGCACAGGAGGGUUGCUACCGUGGAUACACAACCACUCCAACCCGUACAACCACCCCAACCCAUACAACCACUCCAGCCCGUACAACCACAGGGACAACCAUGGCCGCAGGGGCCGAUAGUGGACGACACCAGGAUGUGACCUCGUCAUGAAUUACACAAAUGUUAUGGUCUGAGAGAGGGUCACAGUUGGGGUGUCAGUUUCGCAACGCAGGUUUCCUCAGACAAUGAUAAAACACUGGCCAGGAUCAUGAAAGUACAAGAAAAUGUUUCAAUUUACCUGUAACGUUGACCUCAUGGUUCAGCAAUAGCUGUACCAUGUCGGACGGUCAUAACCACUAUGACGAUGAGAGUAGCUACAUGAAUAGUAUGGUGACGUAUCACCCGAAACAACUGUAACAUAGAUACCGUUAGUAUAAACGCUACUUGUAAUUGUGAUACGAAGUUACACCAUGUAUCUGUAGUAAGUAGCAUCAGGAGGAUAGAGAGAAAAAGUAUGUCUUUACCAGCUAUGUAUAUAGCAUCAGUUAGGCUAAAUUCAUCAUAUUUGUUUUUUUUAUCCCAUUUGAAGGCUAUAUAUAUAUACAUGUAGUAUGUUCCCAUAUUAUAGAAUAUCAUUGAUUCUUA